AAAAGGUUAUCUCUACUGUUUCGUUACUUUUACACUAUGGGCAGCACCAGUCCCUCAUGGUGAUAAUGAAGUGAUUUGAAAUGUGCUGAGCUUGAUUGUACACUUUUUAAAAAUGAUUGUCAAGACUACUGUUAGAUUUUUAUAUACCUGUAAGCAAGCAUUUAACAAGAAUAAUAAGCUUGGGGGAAAUCAAGUAUGGAUUGUUGGUGCAUGCUUCGGUGCCGGCCUAGCUGCUUAUUCAACUGUGAUCAAGCAUGCGGAAAUGGCUAGUUUAAGCAUAGAUAAAAACAAUUUUAUGGCUGAGCCAAUUACUGAUUCAGCAAUAUUGAAAGCGAACCCAUCAGAUAUGAAAACCAAAAUGGAAUUAAUGAUUAUGAAAAUUCAGAAAGACUUUUGUAAAGCAUUAGAAGCUGAAGAAGAUCCAGAAACUAAAUUUGUUGUUGACAGGUGGUUAAGAGAAGAAGGAGGAGGAGGAAUUACAUGUGUUUUACAAGAUGGACGCAUUAUUGAGAAAGCUGGUGUGAACAUAUCUGUCGUCUCAGGGAAUUUGCCUGCUGGUGCUAUACAACAAAUGAAAUCUAGGGGAAGAGAAUUUGUUGGAUCAGGACCUUUGCCAUUUUUUGCAGCUGGUGUAAGUUCUGUAAUUCAUCCUAGAAAUCCUAUGGCUCCCACUAUUCACUUUAACUACAGAUAUUUUGAAGUAACAGAUUCUUCAGGGAAGAAACAUUGGUGGUUUGGUGGUGGAACUGAUUUGACACCAUAUUAUCUCAAUCAAGAAGAUGCAAAACAUUUCCAUUCUACUUUGAAAGCUGCUUGUGAUAAACAUGACAAAAGUUACUAUCCAAGGUUUAAAAAAUGGUGUGAUGAUUAUUUCAAGAUUACUCACAGAGGUGAAAGCAGAGGUAUUGGAGGAAUAUUUUUUGAUGAUUUAGACACACCAUCAGAGGAGAAAGUAUUUAGCUUUGUUAAAGGUUGUGCAGAAUCUGUUGUACCCUCCUAUGUCCCAUUGUUAAGAGCACAUAAGGAUGAUCCCUAUGGCUAUCAUGAAAGAGAAUGGCAAUUAAUAAGGAGAGGUCGUUAUGUAGAGUUCAAUUUGAUCUAUGAUCGUGGAACUAAGUUUGGCUUGUACACCCCUGGUGCUCGUUAUGAAUCCAUAUUAAUGUCACUUCCGUUAGCAGCAAAAUGGUAUUAUAUGCAUAUUCCUAAAGAGGGUUCUAAAGAAGCUGAAAUGAUGGAAGUAUUAAAAAAUCCUAGAGAGUGGGUGGCAGAAGGAAAGAGUCGAUAAUUUUACAUAAAUUAUUGCUUACAUUUACAUCUCACUGAAACUGAAUGAAAAAAAUCAUAGUUGUUUAUUUUAACAACAUCUUGCUGCCAUCAUGAUACAAGUAUGUUAAGAUUGUUUUGGUCUUAACUAUUUAUAAACUCUAUUCAAAAUUCAAUUUUUACAAUUCUGAUUGUAAUUGUAGAAGUAAAAAAUACUAUAUAUAUUUAUUUUUCCAAGAAACCAAGGUCUUCUGGUGAAAAACUGUAAUCUAUGUUUAAUUGGUAAGUGAAACAGCUCGUUGAAGAGAAUGUUGUGUUAAAUAGCUAUAAUUGUUAGGUGUGAUAAGCUUAGUGCUCUUUACUUCCUUAUGUGUGUGUAUAUAUAUAUACAUACAUACUAAUAAAGUGUUUUGUUAAGGUGUAUAGGUAUUCAUAAGUUUAUGAUUGUUAAAAUAAAUUAUUUUUUUAAAUGCA